AUGGAUAAUCGUUUGUGCCAAAUUUGUCAAAUCAACAAUGCCAAAUAUUCGUGUCCCAAUUGCCAAGUAUUUUACUGUUCAUUAAAUUGUUAUCAAUCAGAAAAGCACAAUGAAUGUUCCGAAGUUUUUUAUAAAAAAUGGGUAGAAGAAGAAUUAAAAAAUUGCAGUAAUGAUUCAUCACACGACAAGAAAAAAAUUCUAGAUAUACUUAAAGCUUCUCAAAUACAUCAUCAAUCAGAUGAAAGUUUGGAUUCUGAUGACUCAACCUGCAGUAACGAUCUGGCUACUAGAAUGGAAAAUGUAAAUCUUGAUGACGAUGAAAAUGUAUGGACAAAAUUAACUUCCGAAGAGAAAAGAGAAUUUAGAAAAGUAAUAGCAUCUGGAAAUAUACUUAAUCUAAUUCCUGAUAGUGACCCUUGGUGGAUAUCUUUGAAGAAAAAAGUUCUGAUUCAAGAGUGUGAUAAUGAUAAUAUAAAUGAUCAAAGUUCAUACCCUCCAGUGAUAUCAUGGUUUAAAUCCUAUCACAAGGAAAUGCCGAUAGAAUCAGUUUCUACACUUAUCGCUUUAUCUGCAGCAUUAAGAACCAAUUCUGUUUUUAAUAAUUCAAUAGAAGCAUUUAUGUAUUUUGAGGAAGAUUGUGCACAAUAUGAUAGAAAUCUUAUUAAUGAAGAUCUUAAAAUUAUUUUGGCUGAUAAACUCACCAAUGAUUUACAUUACUAUAUAAAAGCUGCUUUGAGUGACAUAGUAUUGACCAUUGAGAAUGCCAUUAAAGUUUUAAAAGACAAAAAGUUUUCAUAUUUAAAAAGGUUUACUGAUAUCCCUUUAACCGUUAGCCAAUUACGAAUUCUUUCAAAAAAAAUACAUUAUUAUUUAUCCUGGGUCGAAAAAGGGAGUACAACGGUUACUUACACGGAUGACCUUAAAGCAUUAAUUGUAGGACAAGAAGAUGGUACCAUUCUUUUAUUUGAAAAUGACAGUUCUUCACCCGUUGUUUUAACGGAUUUCGAUAUAACUCAAACGGGGGAACCAUGUACCGAUUUAAAAAUCAAAUCAUCUCCCAAAGGAGGUUACAAUAAAACAUUUUUAGCCGGUUAUUUGAGCGGACAUAUUAAAUUAUGGGACGUUAAUAUAAAAAAAGUUUUAUUCACCCUUAAGGAAAAUCGUCAUUUGUACAGUUUGAAUUAUCAUCCCAGGUCAAAUAAAUUUGUUACCGUUGGAAACGAUUUUAAAGUUAAUAUUUACGAUGAGGAGAGAAGGGUUGCCGAAAGAGUUUUGGCAUCCAGCGGUAUUAAAGGAUGUAAGAAAGGACAUUCCGACAGUGUUUGUUCGGCAGUUUUCCAUCCUAGAAAUCAAUUUGAAUUAAUAUCAGGUGGAAUUGAUAACAUGUUACAAUUUUGGGAUGUAAGAGCUCCUUAUGCAAUAAGAAACAUAGAAGGUAUCACCAUGUACGGUGACGCUUUGCACGUGACGGAAGAUGGAAAAUUAGUUUUAUGCGGUAUAUCCGGUACUUGGGAAUCCCCGAUUCAAAUUUAUGAUUAUAACACUGGUAAAAUGUUGAAAGAACACAAAAAAUCUGGUUCUUUUGUUCUUGCACAUUUAAAUGGAUUACCUGGAUGCGUUAUGAGUUUUGCACUUUGUAAAAAAGUACCACGUUUUAAAACGAAUGUGGAGAAAAUACCAAACAUUGCAAUAAGUACAGGGAAUUCAGUUGUAGAAGUAGAAAUUAUUCAUCCGGGAAAAAUUGAUAAUGAUAUUAAUUUUUAUUACGAUACUUGA